UCAAACCAUGUUAUGAUGGAACCAAUGUUUUUCUUGUUUUUGGUUUAACCAGGCAGAAAGGAUGACGGCACGUGAUCCGGUGCACAAGGAGAUGGCAACACAGAAGAAAGACGCAAGGAUGACCGAGGCGGAGCUGGAAAAGCAGGCGGCGCGUGAGCAUAACGCGGCGGGGCACAUGGGACAGGGUCACUAUACCACCGGAACUGGAACUGGGACCGGAACCGCCACGUACUCCACAACCGGGGAAUAUGGGCAGCCCAUGGGGGCCCAUCAAACGUCGGCUAUGCCUGGUCAUGGAACUGGGCAGCCCACGGGCCAUGUGACUGAGGGAGUGGUGGGCUCCCACCCCGUUGGGGCCAAUAGAGGCCCGAGUGGGACAGCUACGGCCCAUAACACUCGUACCGGCGGGAACCCAAAUGAUUAUGGGUAUGGAACCGGUGGUACUUAUAGUUAAGUAAUGAUGAUUAUAUCAUCAAAGUUUAUUAGCAACAGUUUAAUAACAAGGUAUGGUUUUUCCCUUUUUGUUCUUGUUUAGUUAUCUUCAUGUUUGUCUCUCUUUUCUCUCCAUUUUUGAUGUGUGUUUUCAUAUUUCUGUAUCACUUUCGUUUCAAUAAAUAAACGAAAACCUUGGUUUUGUAAAAUAAGUAGUAUUUCUCUUUGGUUUAGUAUUUCACUUCACUCUGAUAUUUCACUUCACUCUGAUAAAUCUGAUGGAGAUAUGGGUAGAGUGUUUUCAUAUUUCUGUA